UCUGUUAAAGACGAAGAGGAAGUGACGAAGAAGAAGGAGGAAGCGAAUGCUGCAAACAAACGAGGCCACGGCCCGCGUUUCCUCCUUCACAGACGAAACAAAAAAAACUUACAUAAGCAAAGAAAGUGUUAUUUCAUUAAGUUUUCGUGGAAUCCACCCAUCGAGAGGCACGGAGAAGAGUACUUUCGUCUUAUUUUCAUCAAUUCCAAACGGAUCAUCAUGGCUGAUGAUUUUGACGUUGAGGCUAUGCUGGAAGCUCCAUACAGAAAGGAUGAGAUCAAGUCUUCUCAUGCUAACGGACAUGACAGCCAGAACAGGAAGAAGAGGCGGAGCAAAAGCCGAAGUCCAGGCUCCAAGAAGAGAAGGAGCAGGAGCCGAAGCAAAGAUAGAAAAAAAGCCAAGAAGAGGAGUCGGAGUCGUGAAAGAAAGCGCAGUCGCAGCAGGGAGCGCCAUCGCAGCCGCUCACGAAGCAGGGAACGCCCUGGGCGGUACAAAGCUCGCAAGAGUCCAAUACGCAAGCGUUCCAAAAGUCGCAGUCCUCCCGUCAAAAAAGAGAAAAGUCCCGUCAGGCAACCAAUUGACAAUCUAACACCAGAGGAGCGAGAUGCCCGCACUGUUUUCUGCAUGCAACUGGCUGCAAGAAUCCGAGCUCGAGACCUCGAAGAUUUCUUCUCAGCUGUUGGAAAAGUAAGAGAUGUGAGAAUGAUAUCAGACAGAAACUCCAGAAGAUCAAAAGGGAUCGCCUACAUUGAGUUCGUAGAGUCGUCUUCUGUCCCACUUGCUAUCGGAUUGACUGGCCAACGGCUUUUAGGAGUGCCCAUCAUUGUGCAGGCUUCUCAGGCAGAGAAGAAUCGAGCUGCUGCUGCUGCGAAUAAUCUCCAAAAAGGCAGUUUAGGUCCAAUGCGGUUGUAUGUGGGCUCCUUGCACUUCAACAUUACGGAAGAAAUGCUUCGUGGGAUCUUUGAGCCUUUUGGAAAGAUCGAAGGCAUUCAGCUUAUGAUGGACAGUGAAACGGGACGUUCUAAAGGAUAUGGCUUUAUAUCAUUUGCAGAUGCAGAGUGUGCAAAAAAGGCCUUGGAGCAGCUCAAUGGCUUUGAGCUGGCCGGCCGGCCAAUGAAGGUGGGCCAUGUCACUGAGCGCUCAGACGCAUCAACGGCAAGCUCAUUCCUGGACAAUGAUGAGCUAGAAAGGACUGGCAUUGACCUCGGCACCACAGGACGUCUACAGCUUAUGGCUCGACUUGCUGAAGGAACUGGUCUGAAGAUUCCCCCUGCUGCUCAGCAGGCUCUACAGAUGACCGGCUCCAUACCCUUCGGAAACGUAUCCACACCACCAGCUGUUCCAAGCCAUGCAUCAAGCCAAUCUAUGAACCUUCCAUCGCAGCCGCUGGCUACUCACUGCCUUCAAUUGUCUAAUCUCUUCAACCCACAAUCGGAAAAUGAUCCCAGUUGGGCCAAUGAGAUCCAAGAUGAUGUCAUCGACGAAUGUAACAAGCAUGGCGGAAUUGUUCACAUUUAUGUUGAUAAGAACUCUGCUCAGGGUAAUGUGUAUGUGAAGUGCCCCUCCAUACCAGCAGCAAUGGCCACUGUAAAUGCACUUCAUGGUCGCUGGUUUGCAGGGAAAAUGAUAACAGCUUCAUAUGUUCCCUUACCAACCUACCACAACCUUUUCCCUGACUCAGUAACAGCGAAGCAGCUGCUAAUGCCAACACGUCGAUAGUGUGAGACAUCUUAUCAGUCAGUGUACAUACAUUUCUUUGCAUUGAUUUCAAAUGUCAUUGGAAAGGCUUUGUUGAAGUUAGGUGGCUUUCACAUGUAAACCCUUCAAUAUUUGGCAGUUUGGAGUUUGCUUUAAACUUUGUGGCUUUGUGCUGUGAACCACUGAAAUCUGCAGGAUCUGAUUUUUAAGUAUUCCUGUCAUCUUGUUUAAAUCAAUACUUAGAUGGGAAACAAAUAGCAGGACUACUUAAGUCUACUGGAAUAUAGGGCCUCAAUUGCAAAAAGUAUGUCAAUGUCUACAAUGAUUAUUUGUACUUUAUACAGCCAUAAUUUCAUUUUUAGUAUGAAGGCUCCAAUAAACAUGUUUGAACCAUA